UAGUAGUGUAGUGUGUAUUGCGGAAGCUAAAAUGACUAAAUUAGCUUACAUAUUUUAAAGAUUUCAAUAGCAUGAGCAAGUUAUGGACAAAUUCCUAUUUUUCAGGUUUGAAUUGUUUUUUGGUGUAAUAUGUCGGACAAUAUUUUGGCUUCUGAGUUGAAUUCAGUUUCUCUUAAAGAGAAUGAAUCGAACGGCGGUUUGCCGUGGGUAGGUUUUAAACGAAACGACUACCUCUCAUGGGACGAAUACUUCAUGUCGGUUGCCCUUUUAUCCGCCCAGCGAAGCAAAGAUCCGAACCGACAAGUCGGCGCUUGUGUCGUGAAUUCCGACAACAAAAUUGUCAGUGUUGGCUACAAUGGGUUUCCAGUAGGCUGUGAUGACGAUGAUUUUCCAUGGGGGAAAAAGGGUGGAUUUUUAGACACAAAAUAUGCUUACGUUUGCCACGCAGAAAUGAACGCAGUCGUUAAUAGAAAUACAACUCAAGUGAAAGAUUGUAGAAUAUAUGUGACUUUAUUUCCCUGCAACGAGUGCACGAAAUUACUUAUUCAAUCGGGAAUUAAGGAAGUUAUUUUUGGGACGGAUAGUUACCACGAUGAAAAACAGUUCAUAGCUUCUAGGAAAAUGUUGACAAGCGCAGGAGUAAACGAACGCAAGUUUGUGCCUUUAAGAAAAUCAAUAACCAUAGACUUCGAGUUUGACAAAUCCUAAACUGACAAAUAACCUGUUGCUGAAAAUUGAAAUUGUUUUAAGAACUGCAAUAUAAA